UGUGUCUCUCAAAUGCGGGUGUGCUGUGGUUAUCAGCGCAACCUGACCUCCCCAGAUGGAUCUGGCAGUAGCAGAUCCCGAGACCGUCCCUCCCAAGCAGCAGCAGCCGCCGCCGCCGCCGCCGCGUUCCAUAGUAGCAGGCCCGGGAUCGUAUUCGCUCAAGGCCUGGCAGGCUGAGUUUCCGUGGCUGGGUGCUGCCACAAGUGAGGAGGACGGGCAGCUGGUGCUCUUCUGCUCCUGGUGCAGGGCGGCCCAUCCCCAGUACCUGAGGAACAUCAAGAGUGCCAAGCCGUGGACCAGAGGCGUCACGGGCAAGGGCAGCAUCCACCACGCCAAGAUGACCCGCCACGACGUGUCGGCCACGCAUUUCAACAGUGCCGUCGAGCAGUUUGGACCUCAGCUGACCGGCCUGCCCAAGGAGUAUGCCGCGCGCAUCAUGCAGCACAACCGGGAUCGGGAGCAGCACAAGGCCGAGCGCAGAGAGAAGAGGCGGCGGGAGAGCAGCCCUGUGGGACCGGUGGGUGGCGACAGCGCAGCGCCAGAGGAGAUGACGCGGGCGGCUCGCGAUCGUGCCCGGGCGGCCUUGGCGCGGGAGCAGGGGAUCAACCGUGAGGUCAAGCCGGAGCUCAAACCGCCCGUCCCUGCCAGGUGGCCCGACGGUUCGGCUGCCGCGUCGGCUCCUCGUUCAUUGGCUCCUGGUGUUGCGGCCGGCCGGCCGGUGUCGCCGCAUUCGAUGAGCGGCGCUGCCAUGCCCAUGAUGCCGGGUGAUGACGUGGAUAGGGAUGGGGGUGGCAGUAGUGAGCAGGAGACCGGCAGUAGCAGCAAGUGCGACAUCUGUGGAGAGGAGGUGGGUGGGAAUGAACAAACUGCAGAGAAGAUCACAGCACGCCCGGACAGGUCUUGUGUGUGUGGAUGUGAGAAUCCUUUCGUUUAGGUGGGUGUGGGGGAGCUGGGUCGCCACAACGCCCAGAGCAAGGACCUUCACCUGUCGAUACUCAAGGCCAGCAACGCAUUCCUGCAGCAAAGGCUCACAGAGAUGGCACAGAUCGCCGCAAGCCAGAGGUGGGUGGCUGGGUGGGGGGACGGGUGGAGGAAGGAAGACACUAACUAGCACCACACCUGCUCCGCAUCACGACGUUGGUGUGCCUCGAUUGUGUCUCUGUGUAUGCCGCAGCUCGCGAGCAAGCCGCACGUGGCGGUUCAAGAUACCCGAGAUCGAGAAGGUGACUCACUUAGUCAUACGGACGGGUGGUCCGCUCCACCUCCGUAUGACCCCACCCCCAUGUCCGUCUGUCUGUCUAUCGCCUGGGCUGACCUUCAGGUGAUAGAGAUGGCGCCGGAGCGUGCGCCCAUUCGCUUCCCCUUCAUUGCUGGCGGCGUAGAGGGCCUGGCCGUGUCGUUCGUACCGAGGCGCGACAGCGAAUACUGUGGCCUCUUCCUCUGGGGACCGUCAGGUCUGUCUGUCAGGCAUGGAGAGAGAGCCACAACGAGUCCACUCAUCUCAUCUCAUCUGAUCUCAUCUGUCUGAUGUAUCUAUCAACCCUCUCUCUCUCCUGUCCUGUAUGCAGACAAGCACCUCUCCCUCCGCGGCAGUCUCUACCUCGGCUCCACCACAGGUCACCCCACGAACCCCGCCAGCAACACCACCGACGGCAACAGCAGCAGCAACCACACCACCCCGCUAUGCAUCAUCCUGGACAAGGACUUCUGCCCCGAGAGGACGUCUUGGGGUCAAUCACAUGUGUGCCACCACGACGAGAUCCCCCUCUACACCGAUGCGGAUGGCAGCCUGGCAGUGUCGGUGGAGAUAGAAAGCCUGGUGGUCAUGCGGCAGGCUGAUUUGGGGCAGGGGCGCAGCGUCAUGGUUGGGGAGGAGGUGUACACACAUUAAAGUAAGUAGGCAUCGAUUGGUGGGUUCAAUACUUUCCCACACUGCAGGUGGGUGACCUGCCAAACACGCUAUGGACAACACGCCAAGCUUGGCCUGCCAUGGUGGGAGAUGCAUCUUUGUGUGUAUGUGUGCACAGUUCUUAGAGGAGCGGCUGGAGUUGGCGCGUCGCGUGGGUGUGGGUGUGUCGAUAUGGGAGCUGGGGGAGGAGGUCCACCUGUGACACACUGGCUGUGGUGGACGGGACGGAGGGGAGGGGUGUGGUCGGCAGGUCAGUCAGGUGGGAUAAUGUGUGUGUGUGUGUGCAUUGCAUAAUGCUGUUUGUGUGACCGUGCUUGGCCGACGUGGAUAUGUUGUGUGUUGGUUUCUGCUGGGUGUUCCUUCACGCGCGGUGGGCGAGUGUGGCCAAUGUGACGAGCAUCACUUUGGCUACACUCGCAGGCCGUGUGAUAGGAUCAACGGCAGAAACGAGGCAAGCGUGUCGACAUCUUUUGCUAUGUAUGUAUGUGUGUAUCCGCCCAUCCCAUAUAUCUGAUACAUACCGACUCACUCACUCGGUGCUUAGUUAGUAGUCAUAUCGGCUCCUGUCUGCUUAGCUCGCUGCUUAGCUAAAUGCGCC